AUGGAGAUUGCAGCAAGUAGCAUCGCCUUUGUCCAAGCCGGCGUUGGCACGGGGAAGGCCAUCCUUAGAGCUAUUCGAAUGUGGGAGCAGGUCAAGCAGCUUCCCAACGACCUCAAAGCCCGACUCAAGAGGCUCGAAUCCCUCGAACCGAUGCUGCGUCAUAUCGAGUCCGACUUUGCAAAGUACCCGGAACUACGCUUCCACCCAACCGCCCAGCAAUGUCUCACCUACGCUAUGGAAGUCGAGGCUACCAUGAAGUCUCACGUAGAGAAACUCGAGAGCAAGAUUCAGAAGCCUAGCAGCAACUUUAGACGGCGGGUCAACUCGCUAAAGAUCAUAACGUUGAAGAAGGAGGAAAUUACCAUGUUGGAGAGUGAGCUUGCUUGGGCUAUGGAGUCUUUGCAACUUGCCAUCACUUACUUCCAUAUGGCGAAGACCGAAAUAUCUGAGCAGCUUGUAAUUCAACAGACCUCGGAUCGAAUUAGAGAACACAGCAUAGCGUGCCAGGAAGACGUGGUGAAAAAGACGGCGCAGGCUGUCGUCAACAUGAUCAAGACCCAGGAGGUUGUGGAACCCAAAGUCGAUGACACAGGGCCUGAAAAGAUGCUUCCUGCACCACCAAAACGAAUACCAAAUAUGUCAAUUAAGUCCAAGGCAUAUGGGCGAUACUCGUUUCAACGCUCCAGGAGUAACGACGGAUGGACCGCUUCGUUACAGAUACCGUGGUCUCAGUGCGUGAGAGAACUGAGAUGGACAGGGUGGCAGUAUUGUUUUCACUCUUAUAACAUCAGACCAGAUUUCUCUCCAGUCUUUGAGACUGUUAAGAAAGGAGACCUAACACGGCUGAUGAACCUCUUCAAGAUGGGUGAAGCAACCCCAUUCGACAGGAACGAGUCCGGUCAUUCGCUUCUAUACAUAGCUGCUGAUCAUGAAAGGCUCGAGAUCUGCCAGGCCCUUAUACAGCAAGGCGUACUCGCCGACGAUGAACGAGAAAGCUACGGCGGAACCCCCAUAGAUGUCAUCGUAAGAUCUCGAACCAAUUUUGAACGGCACGAUGAUGCCAACCACCGAGCCAUCGUCUCCCUUUUCCGCAAUGCCGCCCAGACCACUCUCACACUUACUCUCGAGCGCCUCUUUACCUUCAUGACGGAGUACACCUACGGCGACGAGUAUAUUCGAGUAUACUAUUCCAAAUUCCUCACCGAUUAUCAAACGCGGUUUUCGUUCAGCGACCGCGCCGAGGCAGUCAGGCUUGCCGCUUUCAUCGUCCGCGAAGAUAUCACGUACCUCGACCUUCUAUCCUCCGACUACACCAUCUCACCAAGCGACGUAGAAAAGAGCGCGGAAUGCGGCUUCUCGUUGCUACAUUCCGCAGCCAUAGCUACCGGGAUAAGACUCGCGGACGAGCUGCAAUUUGACCCGCGGAUCCUACGGCCGCGCACUUACACGUCCGCCUGGAGUGACGUUAUUAUCAAGACCGUACGGAGCUUGCCCAACACAAUGGAUUUGUGUCACAUCGAGACUGUCGUCCCGUGGGACUGGUUCGUUGUACCUGUCUGGAAAGCUACGCCCUUGAUAUCUCUUCUCGGUGGCGCCUUGUGCCGACUAUCGCCCCACUUACCUUUGGAAGACUGGGACGAUGUCUUCCAAGCAGUGCUCAAACAGUGGCUCCGAGACCUGGUCUCUGCGGGCGUUGAUCUACUCACGUAUGGAGAGCAAGAAUCUGAGACAGUGAGAUUCACACACCCUGAAGUAAAGGGCGCUUUUGACAGCGAUGCCAUCAAUCUUUCCCGCAAAGUGGUCAGGAACCCGCUACAAGCGUGUAGUAGGCCUGGGUGGAUGACGAAGGCGGAAAGUGCCUUUGAUAGGAGUGAUCGAUACUGGACACCAGUGCGAAUUAUCAGUCUCGACUACGGACCAGAUGUGGAUGAUUGGAGGGUUCACUGGAUCAUUGAGAUCGAGGCCUUUGCUGGCGAGUUUUGGAGGGCUGUGGAGUCGCCUCGCGUCGUUAUGCCGGGUAGUUGGAUUGACUGAAGAGAUCCAACGCGAUCUGAACGCACCAACUAGCCACUUUCGAUACUCACAUUGAUACUCCAACAUGCC